GCUGUCCAUUUCGUCCAUUAUGAUAUCAUGUGGGAGAUUCUCUCGCUAACAGAGCCCACACUGAUUGUCAGACACACCUAUAAAGACCUCCUCCGGGCAUUUUGAGGUAGGGAUAUCGCACAACUAACUACCUAUGGCCUCUAUACUUGGUUUCUACCGGAGGAUCAGUCUCGCUUUCAACCCCUCCGAAGCGCCAUCCCCAAAUGGGUUGAAGUUCGGUAUCUUGGGUGCAGCUAACAUAGCACCCAUCGCCAUCAUACGUCCCGUCAAGAAUCAUCCCGACGCGGUUCUCUAUGCUGUGGCUGCUAGAGACCAGACUCGUGCGGAUGACUUCGCUAAGAAAUGGAGUAUACCGAAGGCGUAUGGUGGUGAUGGAGCGUAUCAGAAGUUGCUGGAUGAUCCAGAGGUUGAUGUUGUGUACAACCCACUGCCAAACGGUCUUCAUUAUGAGUGGACCAUGAAAGCUCUCGCAGCAGGCAAACAUGUCUUGCUCGAGAAGCCAAGUGCCGACACUGCAGAAGAGACUCGCAAGAUGUUCGAGCUCGCCGACAAGAAAGGCCUUGUUCUCCUCGAGGCUUUCCACUAUCGAUUCCACCCAGCCGCGCAACGCAUCAAAGAAAUUGUCGCCAGCGGCUCCCUCGGCCCCAUUAAAAGCAUCCACACCGCCCUCACCCUGCCCUCUGGCGUGAUCAAAGACAAUGAUAUCCGUCUCUCCUACGAUCUCGGCGGCGGUUCGCUCAUGGACUGUGGCUGUUACGCAAUGUCCUUCGCUCGCUAUCUCGCUUCUGCCGACCCUAUCAGAGUCGCCAGCGCCACAGCAGACACGAAUUCCAAGUUUCCAAAGAUCGACUUAGGUGCUAGUGCCAAACUUAUAUUUCCUAGUGCCAGUGAAGGAGGUCGGGAGAUCGAGGGAAGGAUUGACUCUCAUUUUAGACUUCCGGGGUGGGGCCCGUUCGGGCUUCUACCGAGGAUAAGGCCAGUUGUGUUUGGGAGGGUGGUGUGUGAGGAGGGAGAGGUUGAGCUCACGAACUUCGUGUUUCCCUGGGUGUAUCAUUCUCUCACGAUUAAAGGGAAGGAUGGGAAGAGUAGGACGGAGAAGGUCUAUGGAACUCCGGGAUGGACGACGUAUCGAUACCAGUUCGAAGCUUUCAUGGACAAACUUCGAGGAAGGACACCCCAGCAUUGGUUCGACGCAGCGGAUUCUAUAGCAAACAUGUUCUGGAUCGAGAAAGUCUACGAAGAGAACGGGCUGACUUCCCGGCCAAAGAGUACUGCUGAGGUACCUAUAGCCUGAGCAACGCAUGGGAGCCGCCGUGCUGAAGAUACCAAUGCCUUAUGUAUUAUAUGUAUAAGUAUAUCGUCCUUGUAUAUAAUCGUUGUCGGGGAGUCUUCUAUAACUUCAACUAUGAAAUCC